AUGAAGGAAAUGCCUAUUAAUGAAGCUACAGGGGAGAUAUCAGAUGAUGUUGAAGAUAGUGAUCGACUUCCUUCUAAUGGUGAUACCUCUGGUAGUGAGGAAGAUGAGUUUAGAAUUGGAAUGCAAUUUGCCAAUAAGGAUGAACUAAAGGAAGCUAUUAGGGAGUAUGCAAUUGUGCAAGGGAGGAAUGUUAAAUUGGUGAAGAAUGAUAAUAGAAGGAUUCAAGCAAAGUGUGCAGGUCACACGAGAUCCCCAUUUAUUCUGUUUGCUUCCAAGAUAGAUAGAGAUGAGCAGACAUUUGCCAUAAAGACUCUCUCCUUAGAGCACGAGUGUACUAGAGUGGACAAACUAAAAUAUACUAAUUCAAGGUGGCUGUCAAAUAGGUUUGCUGACAAGAUUAGGAAAAAUCCUGAGUGGGAUGUAGGGGCAUUCCAGUCUGAGGUAUUGGAAAAGUAUAUGAAUGUUUCAAGGCAUCUGAUUUAUAGAGCAAAGACCUUGUCGAAGGUGAUCAUUGAAGGAAGCUAUGUGGAGCAAUAUGCGAGGCUAUGGGACUGUGUAGAAGAAUUGAAGAAGGCUAACAAGGGCAACACUGUGAUUAUAAAGAAUAAGAUGAAGGGUGAUGGACCUUACACAGGGCAAGUUUUAACAGCCGUUGGUGUUGAUGGGAAUAAUGGAAUGUACCCAGUUGCUUAUGCUGUUGUAGAGGUGGAAUCUAAAAGUAGUUGGAUUUGGUUCCUUGAACUUUUGAUUACAGACUUAAAAAUUGAGAAUGGGAAAGCUUGGGUGUUUAUAAGUGACAAGCAAAAAGGUAUAAUACCUGCAAUUGAGACAUUGCUUCCAACAACUGAGCACAAAAUGUGUGUUAGGCAUAUCUACAGCAACUUCAGGACAGAGCAUGCUGGACUUGCACUGAAAAACAUUCUCUGGGCUGCGGCAAGAGCAACUAUCAUUCCCUGGUAUGAAGCAGAAAUGGAGAAGAUGAAACAGCAAGAUGAAGAGGUGUGGAAGUGGCUUAUCAAAAGACCAGCCAAAAAUUGGAGUAGAUCUCAUUUUGAGCCACAUUCUAAGUGUGAUCUGUUGUUGAACAACCUCUGUGAAUCCUUUAACUCUUGCAUUUUAGAUUCAAGAGACAAGUCUAUCUUAACAUGUCUAGAAAGGAUUAGAGUUUAUAUCAUGUUAAGAAUGGCUAACAGAAGGAUUGCUUGUAUGGUUUGGAGACAUCCAGUUGGGCCUAGGAUUUUCAAGAUCACUGAGAAGAACAAGUUGGGAGCUAGUCAAUGCAUUCCUAGAUUAGCAGGUGAGAGCAAAUACCAAGUGAGCCAUAUGUAUGAGGGAGAGUAUGUAGUGGAUCUAAAAGCCAAGACUUGUUCUUGUAGAAGAUGGGAUUUGUGUGGGAUCCCAUGUUCUAAUGCUAUUUCUUGUAUCUUUCAAAAGGAGGCCAAUGUGUUUGACUAUGCACAUGACUGUUAUAAGAAAGAAGCCUACCUGAGUUCAUAUGAACCUAUGGUACAUCCAAUACCAUCCAUGGACCAGUGGCAGAGAACUAAUUGGCCUCCAAUUAAACCUCCUCCAUAUAAUAAGCAGCCUGGAAGACCCAAGAAAUCAAGGAAUAAAGAACCAGCUGAGGUCGAAGUACCUGCUCCAGUUCCUCCAAACCCUUUGCCCCCAUUUUACAAUCCACCACCUACUAAGUUGAGAAGGAUUUAUGUAAAGUUAAGAUGCUCUGUUUGUGGCCAGGAGGGACAUAAUAAGACACGGCAUGCCAACCAAGGGGCAGCACAGGCCCAGCCUAAUCAGCCCAACCCAACUAGAGGCAGAGGGAGAGGGAGAGGUAGAGGUACUACUACAGGAAGAGGGAGAGGAAAUGGGAGAGGACAAAUGCCAAUUGGAACUGGAUAUGGAGGAGGAAAUGUUGGAAAUGGGACAACACAAAUGCCUUCAUCACAUCCACUCUCAUCAUCACAGCCACAAAUGCCUUCAUCACAGCCACUCUCUUAUACUGGAGCUACAUCAUCAUCAUCACAACCACCCAACAUUGCUGAGGUUGCAUCACAACCAUCAAAGUCUCCUGCUAAGAGAUUCAAGUCUCCUGCCAAGAGAUGUGGUGAAGAAAACUAG